AUGGUACAACAAGAUGUCGUUACUGCGACAAUAAUAAAAAGUGCAGAAACACAAGCAGAUGAGCAGUUUCUGUUUUUAAGACACGCUGAAUAUCACACAGCGAAGGGCAUUGCGGGUAUCCUGACAGUACCCAGUUCUUCCAAACUUCAGAGUUUGAAGGCAAAAAUCUUAGAAGAGCCACAACAGGGAUUUCCUCUGCACAAAUUAGUGCUGUUGGUGCAUGGUCAUUCCGCACACAAAAAUACGGUUUUCCUACCGGCAGUCGCGAAAACUCUGGCCCGCAAAGGGUACUAUGUGCUCCGAAUUGAUUUUCGUGGCUUAGGGGACUCUGAAAACUGCAGAGACCCCAGAGUUGGGCGUGUGAUCAGUCAAGAUGUAGAGGACAUUGAAACGGUUUACCAGUUCGCGGCCAGUGAAGCUAUCGAGCGAAUAAUUGGGCAUAAACUGACUCUGGACACGAUCAUGGCCCACUCACGUGGCGUGAUGUCAAUGUUCGAAUUUGCACGCAGCCGGUUUGUGCCGAACCUGAUCAACGCAAGUGGCCGGUUCGUUUCUUCGGGACUUUUAGAUAAGUCUUACAAGCGGAACCCUAAUUGGGACGAAGAUGGCGGAUUUAACUGCUCUGUUUUCCGCAAUGGUAAGCCCGCGAACAUUUGGAUCCCAAAAGCCGAGACUAUGAGCGCUGCGAUGAUAGAUACGCGCAAAUUUGCUGAAAUAGAUUCUCGUACUUGGGUACUCUCGAUUUACGGGUCGUGUGAUAACGUCAUCCCCAUAAGUGCGCUCGCGCAAUGGGCUAAUUUGUUUGAGGGACGUCACACGGCCGGAUUUAUCAUGUUUGCAGACCACAAUUUUUACGGGCUGCCAGGUGAUCCCAACUUGGAUAAUCUGCCUCUGCGUAAGGGAGUUGUAAAUUACAAUGGAGUUGUGGCGGAAAGAGUCGCUGGGUUUUUAGAGCCCGAAAGUCAAUUACAAAGGUUUUACAAAGUGACCAACCAAAUUAUCGAUUCCAGCAAUCCAGCUCGCGUGUUAUCACGCUGGCCGUUGCCGUUCGAAUUUUCUGGAAUUUCUAAUUUUCGCGAUAUCGGUGGUUACAGAACGCGCAGUGGCCAUCGCGUCAAGCCGGGGAUCAUGUAUCGGUGCGCUAACCCCUCGAACGCGACACAUGAAGGUAUCGACUAUUUGAAAAACGAACUUCACGUCACGCGGUUUUUUGAUUUAAGGGCUCCAUCGGAAAUAAAAGAGAACGGAUUCAUAAAAGCGGUCCCCAUCGAGAAUUUGCCUUUCAACAACAAACAGAGUUUUGCGCCUGAGGAUUCCGCGCUGCAUUAUCAGGGACUACUGUUGUCGCCGUACAUGUUCCCGCAAGCAUAUCUCGUAAUCAGCCGGAAUAGCGCUUCACAAAUCAAACAGUUUUUCGAGUACGUUAGAGACGGUCAUUGCGACGAACAACACGCACUCGCGUUUAAUUGCGCCGCGGGCAAAGAUAGAACUGGUGUACUUGCCAUGCUAAUCCUUGGACUGUUAGGUGUCGAUGACGACACCAUUGCACGCGAAUAUGAGCUGACCACCAUUGGUCUCACCACGGAACAACGUCUCAUAGACAGAUUGCAAAAACGCGGUGAUCUUUAUUACGAAAUGGUUGGUUCCAAAGGUCUAGCUCAAGAAUACAACGUCGACCCGGUCAAGAUGUGUCAGAACUUGUUAUCGUCGAAAUACGAAGCAAUGAGACUCUUUUUGGACCAAUUCAGAAAGCUGCAUGGCUCAUUUGAGCAGUAUUUCAUCAAUUCUCUGCAAAUCACAGGAACAGACAUUCUACAAAUAAAACAAGCACUACUCGAGUGA